GAUAAUUGCAAACAAAAGAUGUAAAAAAAAAACCAAAAAAAGAGGGGAAAAAAACUAAACAACAUGGGCCAUUGCAUUAUGUCAAAUAUAUACAGUAGUGCCAAUAACUCCGAACCUCCAUCCAAAUAAUUAAGGAAAAUGAAAGUGAGGUUUAGGAAAAGACAAUUUAACUCAUAUGAAAAUGUUGAAUAAAUGGUCUCCAAGUUUCUUCAAAUUUAACUGAAGGAUCAAAAACAACACUUCUAAUUUUUUCUAAGCUCAAACAAGAGAUAGUUUGAGAAAACCACUGAAGUAUAGUUGGAGGAUUAAUUUCUUUCCAAUUCAAUAAAAUAGAUCUUCUAGACAUUAAUGUAACAAAUGCAAUCAUCCAUCGAGAUGAGGGGGAUAAAGGACUAUUAUCCGCCAUUGGUAAACCGAAAAUUGCAGUAAUAGGAUGCGAUUGGAAAUUGAUAUUCAGAACUGUUGAAAUAAUACCGAAAAUAUCUUUCCAGUAAUUUUGCAAACAAGGGCAAGACCAAAAUAUGUGGGUCAAUGAAGCAACCUCAGAAUGAAAUCUAUCACAGGUUGGAUUAACAUAAGAAUAAAAUUGAGCAAGUUUAUCCUUAGACAUAUGAGCUCUAUGUACAACCUUAAAUUGUAUUAGGGCAUGUUUAGCACAAAUAGAAGAAGAAUUGACUAAUUGUAAAUUUUUCUCCCACUGCUCAGUGGGUAUAAGACAAUGAAGUUCUUUUCAGGUACUUCUUAAUCUUUUCAGAUACUUCUGGCUGUAUUUUCAUGAUCAUAUUAUAAAUGAUAGCUACUAAACCCUUCUGACAAGGAUUCAGAGCUAAAAAUUUUUCCGUAAUGUCCGAUGGACACAGUUUCGGAAUAGACUGUAAAUCAUUAUUCAAAAAAUUUCUAACUUGCAAAUAUCUAAAAAAAUGAGUUUUAGGUAAAUUAUAUUUAUUAGAUAUCUGUUCAAAGAACAUAAAGCUAUCACCUAAAAAUAGACCACGAAAACAUGUUAUACCUUUUGUUUUCCAUAAAACAAAGGCUUGAUCCAUAAAAGAGGGCCGAAAAAGAAAGUUAGAUAUUAUAGGGCUUGAUAAGAUGAACUUAUUCAAGCCAAAAAAUUUAUGAAAUUGAAACCAAAUUCACAAUGUAUGCUUAACUAUAGGAUUAGUUAUUUGUUUAUUCAAUUUAGAUAAAGAAAAAGGAAGUGGAAAUCCUAAAAUUGAAAACAAUGAAAAGUCUUGUACAGAUUUACAUUCCAAAUUUACCCAUUGUGGGCAAGCUGCUAUAGUCGAUUCUUGCGUCCAAAAUAUUGAAUAUCAUAUAUUAUCUGCCCAAUAGUAAAAUCUCAAGUUUGGCAAAGCCAAACCACCCUCCUUCUUAGGCUUCUGUAAAUAUUUUUUCGUUAGUCUAGGAUUUUUAUUUUGCCACAGAUAGGAAGAUAUUUUGGAAUCAAUAAUAUCAAAAAAAGAUUUAGGAAUAAAAAUUGGUAAUGCUUGAAAUAAAUAUAAGAAUUUGGGUAAUACCAUCAUCUUAAUAGCAUUAACUCAACCAACCAAUGACAAAGAUAAUGGAGACCACCUGGUAGUAAAUUGCUUAAUUUGGUCAAUUAAAGGCAAACCCUAAAUGUUGAAGAGAAGUUUGGAUAGGUACAUGGACGGUCAGGGUAUGGAGGGCAGGUCAGUGGGAAUAGGUUGCUUAAAUGGUUCAGCACAGACUAGAUGGGCCAAAUGGCUGUUUCUGCGCUAUGCUUUUCUAAGACUAUGAUGCUAUGUGCCAGUGAUGUUUCUGCAAGUAAGUUUUUCACUCCUGAUAGUGACAUCCAUCAUCAAGGACUCCCACUAUCCACUCCAUCUCACUACUACCAGCAGGCAGGAGGCAGUGUGACCCUUAGGUCACACAUCAGCAGUUUCAGGAAUACUUAUUACCCCUCAAACGUCAGGGUCUUGGACCAGCGUGGAUAACUACACUCACCUCAACUCUGAACUGACCCCACAACCUACAGACUCUCUUUCAAGGACACCACACUCAUGUUCUCAGUAGUAUUUAUUUACUGUUUUUAUUUGUUUGUUUAUGUAGUCACAGAAAAGUACAGCAUAAAAACAGGCCCUUCAACCCAUCUAGUCCAUGCUGAGCCAUUUAAACUGGCUACUCCUGUCGACCAUAGCUCUCCAUACCCUUACCAUCCAUGUACCUAUCCAAACUUCUCUUAAACAUUGAAAUCAAGCUCGCAUGUGCUACUUGCGCUGGCAGCUCGCUUCACUCUCUCACAACCCUCUGAGUGAAGAAGUUUUCCCUCAUGUUCCCCUUAAACUAUACACCUUUCACCCUUAACCCGUGACCUCUAGUUGUAGUCUCACCCGACCUUAAAAAGCCUGCUGCAUUUACCCUAUCAAAACCCCUCAUUAUUGUGUAUACCACUAUCAAAUGCACAGUUUGUCUUCUUUUUCACACUGGUUGUUUGCAAUUUUACAUUGAUUCUAUUGUACUUCUCUGUUCUAUUGUGAAUGCCUGCAAGAAAAUGAUCAUUAAGGGAGUAUAUGGUGACACAUACAGUACAUUCUUUGCUGAUAACUUUAAUAUACAGGCGAACAUAAGUGGGUAGUUUGAGUACAGGACUUGUAAGGAAAGCCAGCAUAGAUACAAUGGGCCAACUGGUUUCUGAUGUCAUGUGAGAAUACUUGACAUAUAUAUGAAGAACACCAAGAAUACUUGGUGGGAGUUGUGUACAGGUCACCUAACAGCAGUAGUGAGGUUGGGGGUGGCAUUAAACAGGAAAUUAGAAAUGCGUGCAAUAAAGGAACAGUAGUUAUAAUGGGUGCCUUCAAUUUACAUAUAGAUUGGGUGAACCAAAUUGGUAAGGGUGCUGAGGAAGAGGAUUUCUUGGAAUGUAUGUGGGAUGGUUUUCUGAACCAACAUGUCGAGGAACCAACUACAGAGCAGGCCAUUCUAGAUUGGGUAUUGAGCAAUGAAGAAGGGUUAGUUAGCAAUCUCGUCGUGCGAGGCCCCUUGGGUAAGAGUGACCAUAAUAUGGUGGACUUCUUCAUUAAGAUGGAGAGUGACAUAGUUAAUUCAGAAACAAAGGUUCUGAACUUAAAGAAGGGUAACUUUGAAGGUAUGAGACAUGAAUUAGCUAAGAUAGACUGGCAAAUGAUACUUAAAGGGUUGACGGUGGAUAUGCAAUGGCAAGCAUUUAAAGAUCGCAUGGAUGAACUACAACAAUUGUUCAUCCCAGUUUGGCAAAAAAAUAAACCAGGAAAAGUAGUGCACCCGUGGCUGACAAGGGAAAGUGGGGAUAGUAUCAAGUCCAAAGAAGAAACAUAUAAAUUAGCAAAAAAAAGCAGCACACCUGAGGACUGGGAGAAAUUCAGAGACCAGCAGAGGAGGACAAAGGGCUUAAUUAGGAAAGGGAAAAAAGAUUAUGAGAGAAAGCUGGCAGGGAACAUAAAACUGACUGUAAAAGCUUUUAUAGAUAUGUGAAAAGAAAAAGAUUGGUCAAGACAAAUGUAGGUCCCUUACAGUCAGAAACAGGUGAAUUGAUCAUAGGGAACAAGGACAUGGCAGAUCAAUUGAAUAACUACUUUGGUUCUGUCUUCACAUAAAUAAUCUUCCGGAAAUAAUAGGGGACCGAGGGUCUAGUGAGAUGGAGGAACUGAGGGAAAUACAUGUUAGUAGGGAAGUGGUGUUAGGUAAAUUGAAGGGAUUAAAGGCAGAUAAAUCCCCAGGGCCAGAUGGUCUGCAUCCCAGAGUGCUUAAGGAAGUAGCCCAAGAAAUAAUGGAUGCAUUAGUGAUAAUUUUUCAAAACUCCUUAGAUUCUGGACUAGUUCCUGAGGAUUGGAGGGUAGCUAAUGUAAUCCCACUUUUUAAAAAAGGAGGGAGAGAAAAACCAGGGUAUUAUAGACCAGUUAGUCUGACAUCUGGUGGGGAAAAUGCUAGAGUCAAUUAUCAAAGAUGUGAUAACAGCACAUUUGGAAAGAGGUGAAAUUAUCGGACAAAAUCAGCAUGGAUUUGUGAAAAGAAAAUCAUGUCUGACGAAUCUUAUAGAAUUUUUUGAAGAUGUAACUAGUAGAGUGGAUAGGGGAGAGCCAGUGGAUGUGGUAUAUUGAGAUUUUCAAAAGACUUUUGACAAGGUCCCACACAGGAGAUUAGUGUGCAAACUUAAAGCACACAGUAUUGGGGGUAUGGUAUUGAUGUGGAUAGAGAAUUCGUUGGCAAACAAAAAGCAAAGAGUGGGAGUAAACUGGACCUUUUCAGAAUGGCAGGCAGUGACUAGUGGGGUACCACAAGGCUCAGUGCUGGGACCCCAGUUGUUUACAAUAUAUAUUAAUGAUUUAGACGAGGGAAUUAAAUGCAGCAUCUCCAAGUUUGUGGAUGGCACAAAGCUGGGCGGCGGUGUUAACUGUGAGCAGGAUGCUAAGAGGAUGCAGGGUGACUUGGAUAGGUUAGGUGAGUGGGCAAAUUCAUGGCAGAUGCAAUUUAAUGUGGAUAAAUGUGAGGUUAUCCACUUUGGUUGCAAGAACAGAAAAACAAAUUAUUAUCUGAACAGUGGCCGAUCAGGAAAAAGGGAGGUGCAACGAGACCUGGGUGUCAUUGUACACCAGUCAUUGAAGGUGGGCAUGCAGGUACAGCAGGCGGUGAAAAAGGCAAAUGGUAUGUUGGCAUUCAUAGCAAAAGGAUUUGAGUCCAGGAGCAGGGAGGUUCUACUGCAGUUAUACAAGGCCUUGGUGAGACCGCACCUAGGGUAUUGUGUGCAGUUUUGGUCCCCUAAUCUGAGGAAAGAUAUUCUUGCAUAGAGGGAGUACAAAGAAGGUUCACCAGAUUGAUUCCUGGGAUGGCAGGACUUUCAUAUGAAGAAAGACUGGAUUGACUAGGCUUAUACUCGCUGGAAUUUAGAAGAUUGAGGGGGGAUCUUAUUGAAACGUAUAAAAUUCUAAAGGGAUUGGACAGGCUAGAUGCAGGAAGAUUGUUUCUGAUGUUGGGGAAGUCCAGAACGAGAGGUCACUGUUUAAGGAUAAAGGGGAAGCCUUUUAGGAUAAGGAAAAACUUCUUCACACAAAAAGUGGUGAAUCUAUGGAAUUCUCUGCUACAGGAAACAGUUGAGGCCGGUUCAUUGGCUAUAUUUAAGAGGAAGUUAGAUAUGGCCCUUGUGGCUAAAGGGAUCAGGGGGAAUGGAGAGAAAGCAGGUACAGGGUUCUGAGUUGGAUGAUCAGCCAUGAUCAUUCUGAAUGGCGGUGCAGGCUCGAAGGGCCAAAUGGCCUACUCCUGCACCUAUUUUCUAUAUUUCUAUGUUUCUAUAUACUUUGGGGUGGCACGGUAGUGUAGUGGUUAGCACAACGCUUUACAGUACCAGUGACACAAGUUCAAAUCCCGCCCGUAAGGAGUUUGUAUGUUCUCCCCGUGACUGCGUGGGUUUCCUCUGGGUGCUCUGGUUUCCUCCCACAGUCCAAAGACCUACCGGCUGAUAAGUUAACUGGUCAUUGUAAAUUGCCCCAUAAUUAGGUUAAAUCAGGGAUAGCUGGAGAGUGCAGUUCGAAGGGCCAAAGGACCUACUAUGUGCUAUCUCUCAAUCAAUCAAUCAAUUAAUAAAUAAUACAAGUCCUGUUCUGGUCACUGAUUCCAGGAUAUCAUGUUGCAGCUGGCCAACAUUCUGAUUGGUCCACAUUUGGAGUAAUGUGAUUGGUUCUGGUCACUGUAUUACAGGAAAGACGUGGACACUUUAAAGGCAUGCAGAAGAGGCUCACCUGUAUGUUGCCUUGACUGGAGAGUAUACGCUGUAAGGAGAAGUUGGUCGAACUUGGAUGUUUUCCUGGAGAGUCAGAGGCCAACGGAAGCCUUGAAAGAAUCUUUUAAAUUAUUGGGGCUUUGGAGCUCUUCUGUUGCUUCCAUUGAGGGGUGGGGGUUCUGUCAGUGUUCGUUCAAAGGGAGGGGGAGGGGUGACUUAUCGAUGUUUCUAUGAUUCAUUCUAUGGUGUUUCUUGUUUCGUGGAUGUCUGCGAAGAGUACAAAUUUCAGGUUGUAUACUGCAUACCUACUAAAAUCAACCUGUGAAACUUUGAAAAUCAUGAGAAACAUAGAUGGGGUAGACAGCCAGUUUUUAUCACGGGAGAAAUACUGGAGGUCAUGGCUUUAAAAUGAGAGGAGGAAAGUUUAAAGGAGAUUUACAAGACGAACAUUUUUACACAAAGAACGGCAGAUGCCUGGUGCCAGGAAGAGGUGGAAGAUGAUACGAUAGACACAUUUCAGAGGCUUUUAGGCAAGCCUUUAAAAUAGUGGAGGGAUUUAGACCGUGUGAAGCCUCUGAUCAAGAUGGCACUGAGCUGUGAUGUCCAUCAAUGUCAUGACUCAGAUUUAAUUGUUUUUUUUGGUUUAUAAGGUUGGGGCAGUAAUUGAGGAAUCAGACACAGGCUGAGGCGAUCUACGGUCAAAGGCCAGCAUCUCUGGAGGUCAGGUUGGCAGGCGCUGAAGAGACCAGUGAUCCAGUGGAGGUUCGUAUGGGCUGGAGCCAUGAGGGCCAGUGAACCUCCCCAGGUCAUCGGGAUCGGAGUUCCUUGCCAAUCCAGAAGUUGAGGCCUGAAGGUCAAACCCGUGAUUGGCCAGUCACGGAGUGGAGGCCUAAAGGUCAAACCCGUGAUUGGUCAGUCAUGGGGUCAAGGCCUGAAGGUCAAACCCGUGAUUGGUCAGUCACGGAGUGGAGGCCUAAAGGUCAAACCCGUGAUUGGUCAGUCAUGGGGUCAAGGCCUGAAGGUCAAACCCGUGAUUGGUCAGUCACGGAGUGGAGGCCUAAAGGUCAAACCCGUGAUUGGUCAGUCAUGGGGUCAAGGCCUGAAGGUCAAACCCGUGAUUGGCGAGUCAUGGGGUCGAUACCCAGUCGGCAUAGGGUGAAGUCUAGAGCUCAGCGAGUUUGCAGGUGGAUGCCCGAAGGUUGAAGACUGAGAUCAGCAAGUCCAGAAGUAGAGGCCUGAAGGUCAAAGCCUUGCGAUCCCAAUGUCUCCGGGUCCGAGCCUGGAGGUAGGAGGUUGGAUUGAAGUCUGACAGUCCGGGGCCAAUGAGCCCUUGGUAAGUGGGUUUGAUUGCCUCCGCUGUCUCUCAGUACGUUUACCUCCUCCCUGUGAUGGCUUGGGUUUUCCUCUGGGUACUCCCAUAUUCCAAAGACAAACCUUGGUUAGGGUUAACAGGAUGCUGUUCUGGCUCUGGAAGUGGGCUGCCCCCAGCACAGUCCUUGGAUUAUGUUCACCGUUUGUUCCGCCGCUCCGAUGUACAUUGGGCGAACAAAGCUGAAAGCCAAAGCAUAUCUGGUUCCUGUACCCAUUCGCCUGGCAUUGCAUGCGCCGAUAACGGUGCGAUAUAAUCCCGAACCUGCCCACCAGCGGGGUAUCCGCGACGCCGCAGGGCCGGCCGAGGGACUCGGCGGAUGAUUGACAGGAGACCGGGAGCGCGUGCCGUCGCGCCCCACCUUUCCCCGGACGAGCCUCCUUCCCACCGGCCAAUCAGCGGCGGGGGAUGCGGACGAGCCUCUGCCACGUGACGCGGGUGCUGCCAGCAUGGAAGGAGCGAGCGCGUGACAGCGGCGCAGGCUGAGCCGAGCGAAACCCGCCUGCAGUGGUAAUCCUUGCAAAGAGUGUGGACCAGAGAGUAAAUGAUCAGCAAGUACUAGCACAGACCCGUGCGUUGCAACGACAGCGGGGGCGCCAGAUGUUUCCGACGGCCGCAUUGCAUUUUCUGUGCAAAACCAGGGUCUUGAACUGGCAUGUCGGCUGUCCGUUUCCCUCCACUGAUCAACACACAAAGAAUGCCGGAGUGCCGGAAAGCAGGCCAGGCAGCAUCGGUGGAAAAGAAUAAAGAGUCGCCGUUUUGGGCCGGGGCUCUCCACAGAUGCCGCUCGGCCCGUUGAGUUCCUCCAGCAUUCCGUGUGCUGCUCUGGAUUCAAGCGUCUGCCGCCCCUUGUGCCUCCACGCUCGAAGACUCCCCUACACACGAGGAGCACCUUACAGCGUCCUACUGACUUACAACGUACCUUCACUCCAUCUGCCUCGAAAGACGAAAUGUCCGCGUAUUUCACAAGUUCCCAUUCUGGAAGUCUGGCUCAUGGUGUCCUACAGUGCCACAUUGAGGCCACACUCAGUCAACUACCAGGAAAGUCUUGGACCAGGUGAACCCCAAGUGCAGAGGAGGCCAGAGGCAAGGAUGGAAUUGAAUAAAGCAUCUCCACUUGUGGAUUGUUUAGUAGCGAGCACAGGCUAGUACUCAAGAAUCACGACACACAGAAACUUAAAUGGACAAACAAAACAAGGCUCAGCUGCACCGAUAACUAAAAUAAAUCACGGGUGAAAAUAAGAAACAAUCACGGGAAGAGGAGCGUCAGAGUCUGGAGAGCCCUGACGCCCCCAGGUGGUCAGACUGAGCUCUGUGAUGGCGAGUUCCCAACAUUAGCCACUGAGGCACGCGGUUGUGUUCCUUGGACUCGUGGUUUCGCCUCUCUUCCUGUCCUGAGCCCUGGAACCGGCCGGGAGCUGCGGAAGGCAAUGGUCUCAUUAAACCACUGUGAGUCGCUGCGCUUCAGUGACCUGCUGCCAGCAUCGGGGGGCAGUGGUGGACUGGCCCCCGGUCAGCUAGGGGCUAGCCCGGCCCGGCCCGUGGAGGACGGCGGCAGUGAGGGGUGCAGCCCCCGGUCUUGCUCGAGCCCAGACUCACAGGACAGUAGCGCCAACGCCAGCCUGCUGGAGCGGUGUGGCGUGGUGGGGAUGCUGAUGUCGAACCUGGAGGGCCGGCAGAGCCAGAGGGUGGACGCCCACCAAUCCUCGGUGUUUGAGGCCGCAGUGACGGUGCCUGACUUCGUUCCGAACUCCUCGGACAACUUCAUCCCCACACUGGAGGAGAUUGAGGAGUUCCUGAAGGAGAAGAUGGGGAUGGUGAAGGAGGAACUCUCAGAGAGCGGGACACCGACUUCGGAGGCGGAGAUCAAAGUGGCGGUGAAGUCGGAGGCAUCUGUGGAAUCCGGUGGACCUCCGGCGGGCGGGGGAGGUGGGUCAGGCCCGGGGGCAAGCAGCACGGCCACGGUGGGCGGCGUUCCUGUCCUGCUGCAGCUCCAGCCGUCCCAGGCUCUGGCCGCGCAGUCCCCAACGAACACCCCCAGGCUGGCGCAGCUGAUCGUCAACGUGCAGGGCCAGACCUUCGCCCUGGUGCCCCAGCUGGUGCCAGCCCCCGCCAGCAGCAGCGGUGGCCGCCAGUUCGUAAAGAUCGCGCCGCUGCCCAUCGCGGCAAGGUCCGUCGCCGUCGGCGGGCUGGUCAGUGUGGUGGACGCCGGCCAGAAGCUGCAGAAGCCGCCGCCCUCGGCUGACGUCAUCAGAGUCCACAAGUGCUCGUUCCCCGGCUGUAACAAGAUGUACACUAAGAGCAGCCACUUAAAGGCACACUACCGGCGGCACACCGGCGAGAAACCCUAUUCCUGCACGUGGCCAGAUUGUGACUGGCGUUAUGGCCUUGGUAUAAGCUACCAUCUGGAUCCAUGUGUCACGUAUGGUUGGAUAAGUCUGUUUCAUAUAUUUUCCCGAUCAGACGAGUUAUCCAGGCACCUCCGCUCCCACUCGGGAGUGAAGCCGUACCAGUGUAUCAUCUGUGAUAAGAAAUUCGCACGCAGUGACCACUUAUCCAAGCAUGUGAAAGUACAUCGAGGACUGAGAAACAGCAGAAUAACCCGGACAGCCAGUUAACGUUUGGCUCUCCUCCCACUUUGUCGGGAUACACACAAGGGCCAUUUCACUUGUGUAUGCAAUGUACAGAGGACGUGGAAAUGCAUUCAUGUGCGUGUGUAACUUAGGAUCUCGGUGAGAGAGGGCUUUAGAGGUUCUUCCUUUACAAAGUUAUUUCUAUAGAAGUGGAACUCAUGUAUCACUUAACAUCUCCUUUACUCUGCUGCUCAUUGUAUAUUUGCAGGAACAUAGGUCAAUCCAAUGUAGACUCCAGCAGAUUUUUGUGCUUCUGACGAUAUCAGUCAAGAGGAAAUAAUAUCAGGAGCUCCCUGGAAAAACGGAACACAAUGCAGCUUUAAAAAAAAGAAUCAUUCUUACAUAGUGAAUUUUCCAAUCUGGAAUUCGCUCUCAAAAAGAUGCAUGCUCAAUAUUGACUUUCCGAGAGAACCAAGGUAAAGGGUAGGCACGGUGAUGAAAGAGCGGGGAAUGGAAACGGGUUUACAGUGCUUUCAGGACUCGGGUGCAGGUACAAUGAUCAAAUGGCAGCUUUGUGUCGUACAGUGGUCGUGGUGGAUUACUACAGAUAUUGGCAGGAGCGCUCAGGUUUUCAGGCAGUUUCUGUACAUGGAAAGAGGGAGAAACAGAGUCAAUGUUUUAUUUCAGUGGCCCUUGAUCAGAACCAAGAAAGACUGAACAUUUGUAAGCUGCAGAAGAGGGUGGGGAGAAGGAAGGGCAUGUGUGUGAUAGGACAGGGACAGAGGGAGACUAAAUAGCUCAAGUGGCGGUACCAAAGGGGGGAAGGUAGUGCAGGUUUCUUAUCUGUGCGGAGAAGGAGUAAGCAAAGGACAAAGAUGAGAGAGAAGUGUGAGAGCGUUGUUUAAACUCUAAAUCACAAACACUGCAGAUGCUGAAAGUUUUGUGCUUUUCAGUGAAAGGUUAUUUGUUUUACCUCCAAACAAGCAUCCCAUCAGCCUGGAAUUUAAAUCCCAGCAAAUAAGUCAUUUUGUAAAGAAAUCAAGUUGGCUAUGAUAUUCUUAUAAACUACAACAUGAUCAGCUUGUUAUUCAAACUUCAGUUAACAUAGUUAACUCCGUGCUCUUUAAUGUACCAUUCUGUAACUAUUAUUUAUAAAAAUGUCAAUCUCAGGGCAGUUAGGUGUAAGCUUGCCGAUAUCAUGAAUGCUUGCCAACCCAUAUCCAGAGAACGUUUUAAUGAAAACCUCUGCAGGGUAUGAUUUCAUCUGCAAAAGAAGUCAUGAGGUUCCAACUCCGAUAAAUGCCCAUGCUGCAGGUAUGUAGCAGGUAUCCCACCCAUUGUUCUAGAACCCUGAGGUUCUAGAUUAGGAAAUGUGGGGAAAAAUUGUGCAUUCCCUUUGCUGAGAGAUGUCUGUCAGCCCAACACUAGUGACCACAAAUCCAUGGUGCAGUCCAGUCCUGCACAAUACAUCCUGGCUCCAGUGUUUUAAUUCUUCAAAUUCCUUCCUUGCAGCACUUUAAAUGUCUCCCAGUCUGGGUCUGGGCACUUGGUUACAUUUUAAGUAACUUAUAGAAUAAUUACAGCCCUGUAUGUAAAAUUAUUCCAAACACCUAGUAUUCUUGAGUAGAAAUAAAAAUCCUAAUGUAAUUUUACACUCGCUUUUCAUUAAUAUUAUCUGACAACUUGGCCAUAUUGUGGGGUGGCACGGUAUUGUGGUUUGCACAGCCCUUUACAAUUCCCGUUGCUGACUGUAAGGAGUUUGUACGCUCUCCCUGUGACUGUCUGGGUUUCCUCUGGGUGCUACAGUUUCCUCCCACAGUCCAAAGACGUACAGGUUGGUAGGGUUAUUGGUUAUUGUAAGUUGUCCCAUGAUUAGGCUCAGAUUAAAUCAGGGAAUUGCUGGGUGACGUGGCUAGAAGGGUUGUGCUAUUCUGUGCUAUACUUCAAUAAAAAUGAAAAAAAAACCUUUAAAAAGCAGAAAUCUGGAUCUCCAUUAAUAGGUAAAACUUUUGCAGUCAAAAUGUCAAAAAGCAUUUAAUUUACUCUCAUUCCCAAGUAUGUCGCUUUAAUGUACAUCCUUACUUGGAAAAGUUUCUCAAAGUUUCUACCUGAAAAGUAAUUAUGUGUUCAUUGGCAGUGCUUACAUACUGAAUUCACAGGCUGGGAAUUCAACUUUCUUUUACAUUACACUUUUCUUUUGGAAUUCUAAUUACCCAGAAUCUUAAAAUUUUGCCUCACAGUAUUCCCUGCCUUGUGCAGUUUCUGAGGAUAUACAGACAGAAGAAGGUAGAUCCACACUGAAACCUAGAUUUACUCUUCUCUUUAUUUCAGCAUCUUCAUUCCCUUGCCUAGCAAUCAUUAUCACCCUCACUCUUGUUUGGUCUUUUAAAGGACGGUUCUCAAGAUGUAUGUGAGAAAAAUGGUUCUACAACCUUUUGUGUUAAAUUUUCCCUAAUCCCAGUCCUGAACAUCUUAGUCCUAACUUUGAGAUGAUGGUGCUUUAGGCCUAAUUUCUGCAAUAGAAGUCAGGGUUAAAGCAUCAUUACAUUGGACAACAAUUCUUUCCAAAAAUGUGCUUCCUCAGAAAUUAUAUUUUGUUUAUGAUAGACUGCUUGAAGCUGAACACAAACAUAAUUUCUGAUUAUUUGUAUCACAUAGGAAUUUGGAGAAACAAGAAAUUUGCUUGUAUUGAAUAAAAUGGGUAUAAUUUCAUAAUGGUGCUGAUGCUUUGCAAUAGUUCAACAACAUUAAAAAUGGUUUAUUCAUGAUUUUAAUUUGUAAUCAACAUCUGAGGCUUCUCACUUAAGUAUUCAACAAUAAUCAGCCAGCAUUGAUGGAUUUCAGUUCACCUGAUACCAUUUCUCCAUGACCACUAUGUCCUGGUGAAAUCUUCACCGUGCUCAUCACUGACAGUGCCAAGAUUUGCAGAGAAGUUUAAAUGGGAAUGCAGAAAAUGAAUCUUUAAUGACAUUUUGCACUUCUUGGUUUUGUAUGUUGAAGCACGUUGUCAACCAGCUGCAGGUUGCUCCCGAAACGUUGACUACACUUUUCCGACAUGCUUUCUGGCCUGCUGAGUUCCUCCGGUAUUUUGUGUUUGUUGCACAUAGUUUGGUGCUCUGUAGUUGCCAAGAAGUUUCUCAACAGCAUCCUUGAAGGCCUUCCAUGUGAUUGUUUUUUUCCGGUCCCACUAGAAGUUCUUUGAAAUGCCUGUCAUUGAUGACCUGUUUGAUUGUGUAUCAACUAAAAUGCCUUCCUUAAUAUUGGCAUCAAUUAUUCCAACUUGAGUUACAAAUCGAAAUAACAAGUAUAGAUGAUUACAAAUAAAAAUGGUGCAUGAUAGGGAAAUCUCAUGGUGAUUUUCAUGAUCAGCACCCCAAAAUUCACAAGAUACACGCAAAGGUAUUCAGAAGCAAAAUCUUUAUUAUCCGGAGUUAUGUGAAACCAUUCAAAUUGAUGGUUCAAAUAGUACUUGGAACACUUAAGUAUUGUGUUGGUGCGUGGCCAAGUGGUUAAGGUGUUCAUCUAGUGAUCUGAAGGUCGCUAGUUCGAACCUUGGCUGAGGCUGCAUGUGUGUCCUUGAGCAAGGCACGUAACCACAUAUUGCUCUGUGAUGACACCAGUGCCAAGCUGUAUGAGUCCUCAUGUCCUUCCCUUGGACAACAUCGGUGGCGUGGAGAGGGGAGCUGCCGGUUGGGUAACAGUUGCUUGGGCAACUGCCGGUCUUCCACAAACAAAAACCCUGCCCAGGCUUGCGCCCUGGAAACUUUCCAAGGCGCAAAUCCAUGGUCUAUCGAGACUAAUGGAGGCCUACCUACCUAACUACUUGGAACACUACAAACAUGUAAAAACACAGGAAUUUAUGGUUUUAUGACGUUCUGUUUCUUGAUAGCUGCAAGUCUGGUGUUGUCCCAAGUCACUCCUUUGCUUAAAUUUUUUAUAUUACAGGCAUUCCUCAGAGAAAGCAUUUACAGAGCUGAUUUAUGAUAGAACAUAGAACAGUACACCACAGGAACAGGACAUUUGGCCACAAUGUUGUGCCAAACUAAUUGAACUGGUGAUUAAAAUGCUUGACUAAACCAAUCCCUUCUGUCUAUAUCCCAUCAUUCUCUGCACAUUCACAUGCCUACAUUAGAGCCUCCUAAACACUUCUAGUGUAUUUGCCUCCACUACUACCCCUGGCAGUGCAUUCCAGGCACUCUCUCCAGUCUCUGUGUAAAAUAAUAACCACAAGAAAUUCUGCAGAUGCUGGAAAUCUAAAACAACAUGCACAAGAUGCUGGAGCAACUCACUAGAAAUUCCUGCAUUCCUCCAGCAAUAUCUUGCCCUUCUCACCUUAAAUGCAUGCCCUCUGGCAUUAUAUAGGUUUUCUAGUUUGUCCUAUAGAAAUGCAAAGGGAAUUGAAUAUGAAGAAAACAGUAUAAUGUCUAUGAAUUGAAAUUGCAGCUCAUGCCAAGUAAGAUAGUAUCAUGGAAAGAGAGAAUUACACUUUGAAGUUCAGAUUUACUUUGCUGAAGGAUUUCUUAUUUGGAGGCCAGGUAUUGGAAGGGAGAAACCUGACUGUUUGCUGCUGAUAUCUAUACAAGAGAGGCCAAGUUGUAAAGAAUGAGUUAACAAGGUAACCAAAGUCUUUGGUUUGUCACUUUCAGCUGAUCUUCAGUGUCUACACAAGAAGUACAUAGAACGAGAGGUUGGCUAGUGUCCGCAGUGACCUGUUGUCUUUCAGUGACAAACCUAGAAAAAUGAAGAAUUUGGUUUAAAAUUUAUCAGGCCUCUCUUAGGCCAAAGUAAACCCAUUGUGGGCUAAGCUGUGAUCGGUAUUCAACAAAAAAGCAACACUUUUAGAAGCUACCAUGAAUCACCCCCCAUCCCCCACCUCAAAUUUUAACAUGGACCCCACUGGUUUCAAAUCCAUUUUCCAGUAGUUGGAAAUUCAGAGCUAUCGAUGAGGUCUGAAUUGAAAGUGUGUCGUAGAGAUGAGCCUGUCCAUUGUUCAUAAUGAAGGUACAAAUGUACAGUCACACUACAGAUCUUCCAAAUGAAGGAAUGUUUCUCCAGUGUUCUGCUUCCAAUUCAUGGCUAUUAUUACACAUCGAGUGUAAGCUGGUCCUGAGGCCAAAGACUUCAAGAUAAAGGUUGAAAUUGCAAAGAGCCAGUGCAGACAGAUACUUAGAUUGGUGUUGAGGAAACUGGCUUUGUAGUGUUGCAAAAGUAUACUAAACUUAAAAUUUACUUUUACAUUUUACACCACAUCAAACCACUGGUCAUCUGAGUUCCGUUUUUGGUCAUCGAUUGUGGAACAGAAGUAUUGAAUAUAUGGAUAUUCCCUCGAUACAUGAAUUCAAUCUAAACUUUAAUCGUUAAAGACAUCAUAAGGAGAACGAGCAUGUUUUUAACUUUGUAACAUUAAAGGAAAUAAUGUUAUACAGAAGACAUGUCUGUUAAAUCAUAUGAAGGGGGAUGGUGUAGUUCCUUGUUUAAAAUUUUCACCUGCAUUGAUAAUGACUGCCAGAAGUUACUUUGAUAAGCUCUCUGUAAUGAGAUUGCCACAAGGAUUUUUUUUCUGAGUUUUACCUCUUCUGAAAGGGCCAUGGACUUGGUUCCUAAACGCUUGGCCUUGUGUACAGCACUCAACGCAAACUUCUUUCCAUUAACCACUCCGGCAUCACGAUUUUGGGAAUGAGAACUAAUACUGUUACAUUGUGUUCCUGUGUGGUUUUUACUUUGAAAGAGUUGCUACCCUUUUCAAACUGAGUCCUAGAUUGAUGAGACACCUAUUUAGUGAUAGCACUUAGCACUCAUUUGAAUGUUGGAACUUCUGAAUUUAUAUUCGGCAAGCAAUGUGCAUUUUACUUCAGUGACAGUAAUUCCCCUAAGCCAAACUCUGUAUCAGAUCAAAAUAAGCGUGCAUUUAAAAACUAUGAGUACAAAUCUCACCCAAUGUGACCAUAUAUGUCAUUGCGUUUCUAAUAGGAAAAGGUUUGUGUGGAUGAGUGGUAUUUAUUCCUUGUAUCUAAUUGUCAAACAAUUCAGUUUACAGUUCACAACAGAGUGAGACUGGAGGUGCAUUUACCCAAGGACCAUGUGAGCGUAUGAGGUUGCUUUCACCAACCAGCCUAACGUUUGCACAUUAAAGUGGUGCUGUACGAGGGGCCCCCUGUCAGUUUAACCUCUGGCGAGGCAUGGUAAUUCCAGUAUGCAUAAUGAUUUACAUAUCAUGUCCUUCAGAAGCACAGGUCGCACAGGCACAUGUGAGGACCGUGUUACGCCUGCCAGUGUAACUUUAUGUUCAAUUGUAGGAGUUCAGGGCAAUUAAGCAGUCUUGUACAAUCGUUUCCCUGUUUAAGCUGGAGUUGGGCUACAUUCUUGCUUUGUCUGUGAAGUUGCUGGAUUCCGGUUCCCAUUGGAUCUAACUCUGGCAAAGAGAAUACCAAAAACUGCAUUAAUAAGUGGUGAGCUGCCAAGUCACAUAUAGAUGGGAGAUCUCAGGCCUCCACUGGUUAAAGAGCUGCAAGUAUAUCUAGCAUCUUUGACAAACGUGUGUAAAAAAAAAAAAAUUAUCUUUUUUGUUAUACUUUACAAUUUACCAUUGCUAUAAGCUCCUUGAUCUUUUCAGCACUACAAGAUCCACUGAAUAGAUUUCAUAUUUUUUUAUUUAAUUAAGUCACUUCAGCACCCAUCGAAUCCUCAGGUCAGAAACUUGAAGUAGAGUUUUAUUAGCUUCCAGUACUCAGGUCUGUGAUUUAUUUACUGGAGAACCAUUCUGUCAUCUGGUGCAAAAGGAUAUCUUUUUUGUGAGCGGAGUGGGAAUUAUGGACACCUUGAAGUGAAGCUCCAAGAUUACCUCAAAGUUGAAGAUUUUGAUGACAGAUAUAAGCUCAAAGCAGGGAAGGUCAACUGAAAGAAAACGUAUAAUCAUCUGACAUAGUAUUCUUCAGUCUUAAAAUGUUACCUGUUGCAUUUAAAGCAAGUUACAGAACUUGGAUAUCUUAGUUGAGUUAUUCUAUUCAGAGACCCAAAUAAUGAUUAAAUAUGUUGCCAAUGACUUUAACACAACAGCAGAUUCAUAAAUUUAUUGUAUAUUGGUGAAUAUAUGAUUUGUAUUUGGGAUCUGGGCGUUAAUGCGAAGGCUACCAUUUGCCACCCAUCAAUUGGCACUUGAAAAUGGUGGUGAGCAAGAGACUUGCCUGGCUGUUAAAAGUUAACCACAUCAGGAUGGUUUUUAAUGACAAUCUGGUAGUUUUGUAGCCAUCGUUGCCAAUGGUAUUUGUUAUUGUCACAAACACAGUGGUGGGAUUUGAACUCUGGUCACUGGAGUAUAGGUCCAGGUCUCUGAUCAUUAGGCAAUAAUCUAAAUGUUAGACCAAUCCUGUUCUACUUAAUUCUGAUAUGUACAGUACUGUGCAAAGGUCUUCUGCAUGUAUAUAUAUGGCUAGGGUACCUAAGACUUUUGCACAGUACUCUAGUAAUUUUAUGUAUUUCACUGUACACAUGUCAUUGAUGACAAACCUGAUUCUGAUAUGGGUCUCUGUUGUGGACUGAGAGUGGGUAGAGGGCCAGGAGAGGGGAAUCAUGGUUGGGAAAAGGGGAAGAGAGUGGGAAGCACCAGAGAGACAUUCUGUAAUGAUCAAUAAACCAGAUGUUUGGAAUCAAAUGACCUUGCCUGUUGUCUCCGGGCUGGGUGUGUUUGCACCUGCACCAAUCCCCCCCCCCCCCACUGGCACUCCUUCUUUGCCACCUGUCCCACACCCUUCCUACAGAACUGCACCUUCACCAUUCCCAACAUCCUUUGCUCCAGCCAGAUUUACAAACUUGCUCUCUGCUCCACGUUGACAAAUACAGUAAUGUGCGCAGGUCUUAGUACCCUAGCUAUAAACAUAUAUAGUGUAUGUGACUAAGACUUUUGCACAGAACUGUAAAUGUCACUGGUUGGUUGUGGCCAACCAUAGAAAUGCUAGCCUACAAUAAAUCAAGGAGUAGCAAUGCAAGUGGCUGUUUUGGCUUUCCAGCUCAUCAGACGAAAACCCUGUUUGUGAAGUGUCA